CCGACCCAUGCACACCCCUAAAUUGGAUAUUGUGCGAACAAUAUUAUUUCCACUAUUUAAGAGCGUACCUUGUGAUACAAAUUCGGCCUUAAUUUCUUUACUUUGUAAGAAAAUGGGGAGUUGGUGUUUAACCAAGCAAUCAUCAUUCUUGAUACUUAUGAUGUUACUAUUUUCUUUGGUUGGAUGGAUACAAGGGAUCCAUAUAGAAGAUGAUAGAAAAGCACUUCUUGAAAUUAAAGCCUCGCUUCGUGAGGCAUCAAACUUUUUCGAUGUCGACAAUCUUCUCCCCACUUGGUCUGAUCAAGGAAGCACCGGGGGAAAAUAUUGUGAAUGGGAAAGGAUCAAAUGUGACGCAACCUCCGGGCAUGUAACAGACUUGUCUUUGAGCAACAUCUUCUCCUUAGAAGACUACCACUUUGAGAGGUAUCGACUUAGAGGGAUGAUUUGGCCAUUAAAUGUUUCUCUCUUCCUCCACUUCAAAGAGUUGAGAAAACUUGAUUUAUCAUGGAGUUAUAUUGGCAAUACGUUCAUAAGCACAGGACUUGACAGACUGUCGGAUUUAAAGAAGUUGGAGCAUCUGAACCUUAGCUACAAUUAUAUAGAUUACAACAUCUUUCCAUCAUUGAGUGAGCUUACUUCACUGAAAAUAUUGGAUCUCAGUAACAUUAAUAAUGAAUAUGAAGAAUACUCAUCUACUCAUGAUAUCUCUGACUUUCGAGUUCCAGAAAAUCUAGAGUUAUUGGAUCUCACCGGGUGUGGCUACUAUGGUACCUUACAAAUGCAAGGGAGCAUUUCCACAUUAAGGAAAUUGAGAAUUUUAAAUCUUGGAGGCAACCGACUCAAUGAAAGCAUUGUAAAAUCUCUUAGUGCUCUACCAUCACUUAAAGCUCUAGAUCUUGGAGGCAAUUUGUUUUCUGGAUCAUUUCCAUUAGAAGGAUUAUGCCAUUUGACUUCCCUGGAGAAGUUGGAUUUAGGUGGUGGAAACUAUUCCGAAACACCAAGUAUCCAAGCUUGUAAGUGCCUAAUGAGAUUGGAAAGACUAGAGAGUGUAUCUCUUAGAGGUAACUAUUUCAACAAGAGUAUUAUAUCAUGCAUAAGUUUCCUCCCAUCCCUCAAUAUUCUUGAUCUUAGCGGUUCAUUUAGACACGGAAGUUCUUUUCCAAUGCAAGAGUUAUCUUCCUUGAAAGAGUUAACAACACUUGACUUGAGAGGGUCCGGUCUUAAGUCACUCACAUUAAAUGGUUCCAUGAGCAACCUGCUGCACUUGAAUCUUGAGGGCAAUGAGUUCAGUGAUGACAUCAUGAGGUCCAUGGCUGCUUUUCCAUCUCUAAUAUAUCUUUCUUUAGACUAUUGUUCAUUGGGAGGAAGACUUUUCGGUAAUGGUACCAAAUUGAGCAACCUAGUGCACUUGAGUCUUGUCGAAAUCGAGUUCAAUGGUGACUUCAUGAGAUCUAUGGUUGCUUUUCCAUCCCUAAGAUUUCUUGAUUUGGGCUAUGCUGGCAUAACAGGAAGACUUUUUGGUAAUGUAGUUCCCAGUAUACCUAACUUGCAAGUCCUCAUCUUGAACGAAAAUCAUUUUAGUGGACCUAUACCGAUUGAAGCUUUAGUGUCCUUCCACCGUCUUGAGAUCUUAGAUUUGAGUGGAAACAAUUUUGUUGGAAGCAUCCCGUCAACAAUAAAGUUCUUAUCUUCUCUUAAAGCUCUCUCAUUUUCUUUCAAUAGUCUCAAUGGGUCAUUAACUAAUGGGUUGUGUGAGUUAAAGAACCUCAAGCAAAUGGAUUUUAGUGCCAACAUGUUUGAUGGAAACCUACCAGAAUGUUUCAACAGGCUAUCAUCACUUAAGUUCCUUGACAUCUCUAGAAAUCAAUUUACCGGAAAAAUUCCGCCAUCUCUCAUAGCUAAUCUCACAUCGCUUGAAUACGUUGAUUUUAGUCAUAACAAAUUUGAGGGUUUGUUUUCGUUUAGCAUGUUCUCCAAUCACAGAAAGCUUGAGUUUGUUUCAUUCAAAAAUGAUAAUGACAAGUUUGAGGUAGAAACAGAAGAGCCUAUAGGUUGGAUUCCUAUGUUCCAGUUGAAAGUUCUUGUGCUUUCAAAUUGCAAUAUAAAAAUGCCUAAAAGAAGCAGUGUUCCUUGCUUUCUACUUCACCAGCGCAAGUUAAAGAAGCUAGAUUUGUCACACAACUCCUUGGAGGGGAUGUUUCCAAAUUGGUUGAUCGACAAUAACAGAAUGUUGGAAGUUUUUAAUCUAAGGGACAACUCAUUUGGCAAUAUCUUUUAUAUGCCGUUAUAUAGAAAUCCUAAUACAAUGUGGGUGGAUAUGUCUGGAAAUCGCAUGGUAGGUUCAAUCCCGAGAUAUAUGCCAAAGUUUUUUCCCCAUAUAACUUACUUAAACUUGUCCAUAAAUUCGUUAGACGGUGUUAUCCCUUCUUCAAUCGGUGAUUUAGUUGAACUAUACGAAUUGGAUUUGUCUCAUAAUAAGUUGUCUGGAGAAGUACCAACUGGGUUGUUGACCAACCUCUCUCAGCUAUUUGUAUUAAACCUUUCAAAUAAUAGUUUGCAUGGCGAGGUAAUUUCCACAAACUUAAACUUGGGAGACAAAGGAAGGCUUUGCUUAGAUAACAAUUAUUUCACUGGUAAAAUUCUACACACCUGGUCUAUGUUAGAACUUGUUGAUAUUAGCAACAACUUUUUUACAGGUUUCAACCCUUGUUGGAUAAGCAACAUCACUACCUCAUUUGAACCUGAAGGUUCAUUGUUGUUUCUUGAUAUCUCACAAAAUAGUUUUUCAGGGCCCAUCCCAUCCUGCCUAAUUUCUCAAAGUUUAGAGCAUCUCCAUUUGGGUUCCAACAAAUUUACUGGAUCAAUACCAAAUUCCUUUGGUACUUUGAAAAAUGUUUUGACUUUAGACAUAGGCAACAACUACUUGUCACACAUGAUUCCUAAAUUUCUUGGUGAAUUGUCUAGUCUAAGGAUUCUUCUUUUGGGAAAAAACAACUUUAGUGGUUCCAUUCCAAAACAACUAUGUCGAUUAACUAAUGCGAGUCUGAUUGAUCUAUCCAAUAACUUUCUUUCUGGCUCAAUACCAAGUUGUCUACAAAAUAUUAGGGGCCCAAGUUACCAAGCUUUCAUGCACACCAGGUAUCUAGAUGGUUAUGAUACUGAUGGUCGAUGGCGUAAUUCACCAAAUUUCUAUUAUCAGAGUAUCAUAACGAACAGAGUUACAUUUCGAGAAGAUCUGUUUAAAAUAAAAGACGAAGUUUUGUUCACAACAAAAGCUCUCUCCCUUACCUACAAGGGUGACGCUCUUGAUAGCAUGUCAGGAUUGGAUCUCUCCUCUAACAAACUCACAGGUUAUAUUCCAGAAGAACUAGGGUUGUUGACCCAUAUUCAUGUUUUAAACCUGUCUCACAAUAAGUUGACUGGACCCAUUCCAACUAAAUUCUCUAAUCUUGCUAGUAUUGAGAGCUUGGACCUUUCUUUUAAUAAUUUGUCUGGCAAAGUUCCAUCCGAACUGAUUAAGCUGAACUCAUUAGAGGUUUUCAAUGUCUCGUUCAACAACCUAUCAGGCACACUCCCAAUGAAAGCACAAUUUGGUACAUUUUCCAAGGAGAGUUAUGAAGGAAAUCCACUUCUUUGUGGGCCACCAUUGGAAAACAAAUGCACAAUGGAAACAAAGGAAACUCACCCAUCAAUUGAAGAAGGAGAUGAUGUGAAAUGGUAUGAUAUGGAUAUGACAUCAUUCUAUGGAAGUUUUGGUUCCACAUGGUUUGUGUCUAUGUGUGGAUUUGCAACACUUCUUUGGGUCAAUCCUUACUGGCGUAGAAGAUGGUUGGAAUUGGUUGAAGAAUGUAUGUAUACAUGUUAUUACUUCCUUUAUGAUUCAGUAAGGAAAGUCUCUAUGUACUUAUUUAAGUAAGGACUAUCUAAUUAACAGUGUGUAUUAGAAUAAAGACAAUACUUGCAUUCAUAUGUUUUUAUACUUGAGACUCCUUUGUUUUAUUUAUGCAAA